CACGCAGGACACACGCCGGUGUCGGAGCGGAGUGCAGGGGCUGUAUGGUAGGGAGCCGCUAGCAGAGAGAGAGGAGCGGUGCUGCAGGAGGUGGCACGACAGGAGCGGCUGUUUUUGGAGAGCAGGAGCGCAACACUUUUAAUUUAUUAUUCUGUGACUUUUAUUGAAAAGCAGCUUCUCGCGUUUCAACUGAGAGCUGUUUACUGUGGACUUGCUGCUGCCAAGCCCCAACAAGGAGAGCCAACCCUCUUGUGCGCAAAAUACGCGGGGACGCAGAGAGGGAGGUACGGGGACUGAGAGGCUCUGAGCCGGGACUUGACGCACCCUGGAGCCGCUGUCUGUGGAGCUCCCAGCGGCGCAGUCUUGACCAAGGAGUUUGCUUGUUCACCCUUUUUUGGAUGUGUUGCUAAAUGGACAGACUUAACGGGAAAAGGGCUGCGCAAAAACAGAUAUCUGAAUAUCUUCAAUGACAUGUAGUUGGCACAUAGUUCCAUCCACCAAUGGUUUAACAAACGCCGUGGGAUUAUUCCUGAAGUGGUCUGCUGCCAGCGGUUUUUGGUCCUGCACAGCCAGGGGUGUGGAUUUUUUCUUUUUUUGGAGGAACAGCAGAUUUUAUAUUCAACGAGGAAGAAACUUAAAAGCUCUCCGCGAGUUUCUGCAUCAUCCAAGAUGGAUUUUGAGUCAUCAUUGAUUGGAUUUUUAAUGGCACUGUGUCAUCUGGCAUUGGGAGUCAGAGGAGAGGAGGUGCCAGAGUGUGGAGGAGUAUUGGAUGCCAGCGAGGCGGGUUACAUCACUUCCCCUGGUUAUCCUUUGGAGUACCCGCCUCAUCAAAACUGUCACUGGAUCAUCACGGCGCCGGAGUCCUCGCAGCGCAUCGUCCUCAACUUCAACCCUCACUUUGAGAUCGAGAGGCUGGACUGCAAGUAUGACUUCAUCGAGAUCCGCGACGGGACCUCAGAAAAUGCUGAUGUUCUGGGUCGGCACUGCAGCAACAUCGCUCCAGCGCCGAUUAUCUCGUCUGGAGCCUCCCUCCAGAUCCGGUUCGUGUCAGACUACGCCCACCAGGGGGCGGGCUUCUCCCUGCGCUAUGAGAUCUUCAAAACAGGGUCGGAAUUCUGCUUCCGCAAUUUCACCAGCUCCUCCGGCAUGAUCGAGUCCCCGGGCUUCCCGGAUAAAUACCCUCAUAAUCUGGAGUGCUCCUACAUGAUCAUCGCCCCGCCCCACAUGGACGUCACCCUCACGUUCCUGACCUUUGACCUGGAGAAUGAUCCCCUGCUGGUGGGAGAGGGCGACUGCAAGUACGACUGGCUGGACGUGUGGGAUGGCCUGCCACAAGUGUCUCCUCUGAUCGGUCGGUACUGCGGGACAAAGAUCCCUCCAGAGAUCCAGUCAUCCUCCGGCCUGCUGUCCCUCUCCUUCCACACCGACAUGGCCGUGGCCAAAGACGGCUUCUCCGCCCGGUACAACAUGACGCACAAAGAAGUCAGCGACUCGUUUCACUGCAGCAUGGCGCUCGGUAUGGAGUCGGGCAAGAUCAGCGAUGAUCAGAUCAGCGCGUCGACAACCUUCUACGACAACCGAUGGCUGCCGCGGCAGGCCCGCCUCAACAACGACGACAACGCCUGGACGCCUUCAGAGGACAGCAACAAAGAGUAUAUACAGGUUGACCUCCACUUCCUGAAGGUUUUGACGGGCAUCGCUACACAGGGGGCCAUUUCCAAGGAGACGCAGAAGUCCUAUUACGUCACUACCUUUAAACUGGAGGUCAGCACCAACGGAGAGGACUGGAUGGUCUACCGGCACGGCAAGAACCACAAGAUUUUCCACGCCAACACAGACCCAGCUGAGGUGGUUCUGAACCGCGUCCCGCAGCCAGUUUUGGCCCGGUUUGUUCGCAUCCGACCACAGACGUGGAGGAACGGCAUCGCCCUGCGCUUCGAGCUCUACGGAUGCCAGAUUACAGAUGCUCCGUGCUCAGACCUGCAGGGCCUGCUGUCCGGCCUGCUCCCUGACGCCCAGAUCUCAGCCUCCUCCAGCAGGGACAUGGUGUGGAACCCCUCCACCGCCCGCCUGGUGGCCAGUCGCUCCGGCUGGUUCCCGGCCCCUGCACAGCCCCUGGCUGGAGAGGAGUGGCUUCAGGUGGACCUCGGUGUGCCGAAGACGGUGCGUGGAGUGAUCACCCAGGGAGCGAGGGGAGGCGAUGCAGGAAGUGGGGCGACCACAGAUAACCGGGCGUUUGUCAGGAAGUACAAAGUGGCGCACAGCCUGAAUGGAAAAGAGUGGAAUUUCAUCAUGGAUAGCAAGACUAGCCUGCCCAAGAUUUUUGAGGGGAACACACACUACGACACCCCAGAGCUGCGCCACUUUGAGGAGAUAGUGUCCCAGUACAUCAGGCUGUACCCAGAGCGCUGGUCUCCUGCAGGAAUCGGGAUGAGAGUGGAGAUACUGGGCUGUGACCUUCCAGAAACCACCACGCCGGCCGACACCGCCACGCCAACUCUGCAUGCUGACACUGAAACCACCACUGUCCCCAUUACAACUACAGUAGCCACCUCUCCUCCAACAGACAGCGUGUGCGACUUUGACCACGGCUUGUGUGGGUGGACGCAUGACCCCAACGCUCCUCUGCUCUGGUCUCUGCACAGCCACGAGCUCAACAGCUAUCUCUACAUGGACGCCAGCCUGAAGACGGAGCAGCAGCAGGCCCGGCUGGUGAGCCCCGUGGUGGCGGCGGAAUCCGGGCCCUUAUGCCUCCACUUCUCCUACCAGCUGUGGGGGGAAGCCCAGGGCCACCUGAGGGUCCUGGUGCGGGACGCCCACAACAAGGAGUCCGUCCUGUGGACACUGAAAGAGGAUCAGGCCCCCGUCUGGAAGGAGGGUCGCACCCCGCUGCCACAAUCCCCUAAAGACUUCCAGGUUGUGAUGGAGGGCUUCUUUGUGCACGGCACCAGAGGACACAUCUGGAUAGACAACAUCCACAUCAGCUCUAACACGGCUCAGAAAGAGUGUACACAACCCAUCGCAGCUUUUUCUCCUGAAAAUCCAGCCCCGACAGAUAGGAGACCUAAUGAAUUUGGAGAUGGGCGACUUUUCAGUGGCAGAGACCCACAGGGUGGAGGCUUACAGUUCCCUGAGUGGAACACAGCCUCUCCAUCAUCCGAUCCUCCGGUGACCCGCGUCUCCGAGAAGGACAACUCGUGGCUCUACACCCUGGACCCCAUCCUGGUGACCAUCAUCGUCAUGAGCUCCCUGGGCGUCCUGCUCGGGGCGGUGUGCGCCGGCCUCCUCCUGUACUGCACCUGCUCCUACAGCGGCCUGUCCUCCCGCUCCUCCACCACCCUGGAGAACUACAACUUCGAACUGUACGACGGCCUCAAGCACAAGGUCAAGCUGAACCAACAGCGCUGCUGCACCGAAGCGUGAGGAGGAAACGCGGAAGGAGUCGGAACAGAGAGAGCCAUUUUGUGAAAACCUCUCACUAUUUUCUUCAUUUCCUCCAGUUCACUUUCAGUUUACUUCCUCGCUGGUGCAGAUCCCUGGGCACAUGGAGAACGAGGACGCCACUUUUUCGCUCAAAUGAGAACUUCCUGCUUGGAAAACAUGGCACAGUCCAGUGUUAUUUUUUUUUUGUUUUCGUGGUGAAAGAACCAAUGAGGGAAUGACUUCUCAGAUGGAUCGUUCCAUUGCGGGGAUGUUAGGCCUCAAAAAAUAUCUACACAUAUCAAUUACAGAUCCCUGCUCCACCAAAACUGUUUAUAAAAGCGUCAUAGAUUUGUAAGAGGUCUAGUUUUGAAGCUGGAUACUGUAAGCUACACAUGAGUCAGAACACGUUGUGUUGGAAAGGUGGUAGGUUAGGAACGUGCUUAGAAAGCGUCUUUUUUGAUCACAUGUGAACACAGUGGCCUAGAACUUAGCUCCUUUGUGCGGCCUGUUGGCUUUUUUUGUUCCGUCGUAGACUCUGCUACCUAUCAGCCUCAGUUAUCCUCUUAGUUCCUGACAGUCUGUGGUAUUUUUAGUCACAGACGUCCAUCGAGUUCUGCUCGGUCACUCUCCUUCUGUUUAAUGUUUUUGUUCUGGCCUAUCGCCAGCCUGUGAUGGCAGAUAAGUAGAAAAAAAGAGGCAUAUGUGUGUGUAGAGGUGGGAAGGGGGGGUUUUAACACAUUCUUUUAAUGACAGAGAGAGUUAUUGUUAGAUUUAGUUGUCGGAGACUGUUGUUACUGGUUCCUGUCAAACAGAAGGUCAUGUUUACAUUGUGGUUAAUAGUAAAAAGGUCAAGGAGAUUUGGUCGGUGCAACCUAUGGAUUGCUGGUAAGGGCAGGGACUGAAAACCACUGAAGAAAGACAAACAGAGAGAGUGAGACACUGACAGAGCACUAAAAUCCCCUGCCUCUCUCUCUCACAGCGGCGAUGUUCGCCCUGUGCUUCGGCGAGGACAGAAAAACAAAUGGGAUCAAAAACAAAUGCCAGAAACCGCUCUUCUCAAUCGACUGACUGUGCCGGGACACACAACAAGCCUUAACUGUUCGCGGAAAUGUUGAAAAAGGAACAAUGAGGCGACGGAGAGGAGGUAUCUAUCUCUCUCUUUACAUGUGGACCUCAAAAGCCAUGAUUUAAAGGACCUACUCCCCCCCCCCAACUCACACAUACACACACAUCACACCACCUCCACCUCAAACUACUGGCCUGUUUUCUGUUUUUUUUGUUUUUGUUUCUUUUUGUUUAGUUUCACAGCAAGGCAGGCAUUCUUCAGGAGCGUUUUGAACCAAUCAGAAAGGGUCUUGCACGCUCUGGAUGGACUCAUAAGCCAUGAGAACGAGAGGGUGAGAGAAGAAGUCUCCCUCCCCCCCACGCACAUGCACAUACAUACUUCACUUGUAUAUACAGAUGUAUAUACAGAACAUGAACCCUCUCUCGCUCAGAAACACUGCGAGGCACUCAGACCUGAAAUGAAAGGGACAAUGGUUGCUGCUGAGACGCCCGAGGUAUAUAUUUGAGAUACAUAACGCCAUGGAUUCACGACACACACAUGCACUCAACAUUUCAUCCCAUUUCCACAUGCCGCCCCUCUCCUCUGAGGCCCGCUUCUCUGGACCCCACUGACUCUCUUCAAAGUGCCUUGGAGCCUCGGGGGUCCAGCUUGCCUUUGGAGCCGGUAUCAGAUACAGUAACUUGACGCUGACAGUGACAGUCACAGCGCCCCCUUCUGCUUGGGAGGACCAAACAAGCGUUAAAAAAAAAAAAGGACAGGACCCCUCCUUUCGCACUGCUCGGACUGCUGUUGUUGUUGUUUUAAAGGGGUCUUUGUACAGAAAUGCUCUUUUUAUGAUUGUUAUUAUAAUUAUUGUUAUGAUUAUUUAAUAAAGGAUUUAUACCAUACUGAGGAAAAAGUG